AUGGUCGAUACAAAAGCCCCACAAGGUCUUUCGGCUAAGCUCGACAAGAAGCGCAAGCGCCAGGCCGAAGAAACGACGAAGCAGGAUAAGCCCGAAGCCGCACCCGCAGCAAACUCGACCGCCGGCGGAGAAGGAUCGGGCAAGAAGAAGCGCAAGAAGAACAAGAAGGCCAAGGCUGAGCCCGAUCAGGAUGUGAAGUCACAAGACCGCAAGAGUGGCGUGGACGAGUCUAUUGGCAAAAUGGAUGGACGGUUGUUGGCCGACUAUUUUGCGCAACGUGCGCAGAAGCUCGAUAAAGAGCUAUCAGCGGUGGAAUUGGACGAUCUCUCUGUUCCUGACUCUGCCUUCCUUGACACAACCUCGUUCUCCGAGCCCCGAACCCUGGACAAGCUUCCCAAUUACCUCAAGUCCUUCAGUCCUAAAGGCGCCGAUCUCGCAAAGGCGUCCGAAAAGAAAGGAACACCCCAUACUUUGGUCAUUUCUGCUGCUGCACUCAGAGCUGCGGAUGUUGUGAGAGCACUUCGAGGGUUCCAAACAAAGGAAUCUAUUGUGGGUAAAUUGUUCGCCAAGCACAUCAAGUUGGAAGAGGCUAAGCAGUUUUUGGAGCGAGCUCGGACUGGAAUUGGCGCCGGUACCCCGGCCAGAAUAUCUGAUCUUAUCGAGUGUGGCUCUCUGAACCUGGAAGAACUGCAACGCAUCGUCAUUGAUGGAUCUCACAUUGACCAGAAGCAACGCGGUAUCUUUGAUAUGAAAGAGACACAUUUCCCCCUCUUGAAGCUCUUGACGCGACCAGAACUGCGGGACAGAUACGGCGCUUCCAAGAAGAAGGUGCAAAUCCUCGUGUUUUAG